AUGAUAAGGAGACGUAUAAUACCCAGAAUAAAAGUCAUAAAACCUCAGUUUCAAACCCAUAAUGCUAUUAAUAAUGCUAUUAAUCACCAAAUACGGCUAAAAGCAACAACUUCUGAAAACAAACCCGAAGAAGAGCCAAGAAUCAAUCCAGUUGGUAUUCAACAUUUGUCAAAAGGUAUAUAUAAUCAAUUAUUCCCAGAAAAAUCAAUAAAUUCCAGACCAUCAGAUUCUGAUAAAAAAUUAAUUGAAUUAUCACAAGAUUAUUUAAAACAUCAUUCGUUGCUUGGUAAGAAAACUGCAAUUUCUAAACCUAUAGAUUUUGAUUUACCAGAAUUACAAGGUAAUAAUCUUGAUGAACAUUUCAAAAGAAUUGCUUUAUAUUCUUCUCAGGAUUAUUUAGAAAAUGCUAAACACUUUGCUCAAAUUGGCUCUACACCUAAACCACCAACAAAUUGGGUUUUCAAAUCAGGUUGGACCAAGUAUCCAACUGAUGGUACUAAACCUCACAGUGUUGAUUUCCCAGAUGAAAAAGCUUUAAUAUUUGAUGUGGAGACUUUAUAUAAAGUUUCAAAUUUUGCAAUAAUGGCAACUGCAGUGUCUGAAAAUGCAUGGUAUGGUUGGAUAAGUCCUGUAUUAACAGGUGAAUCACAAGAAUUUGAUCAUUUAAUCCCAUUUGAUACUUUAAAUAAACCAAGAUUAUUAAUUGGUCAUAAUGUUGGUUAUGAUAGAGCUCGUAUAAAAGAAGAAUAUAAUUUAAAAGAAACUAAAGCAUUCUUUUUGGAUACAAUGUCUCUUCAUAUCGCUGCAUCGGGGAUGUGUUCAAGACAAAGACCAACUUGGAUGUAUCAUAAUAAACAACGGAAUGAAUCUGGUGAAUUUGCUGAAGAUAUUAGAAAAUUUGAAAUUGCUGAUCCUUGGGUUGAUGAAAGUGCACCAAAUUCUUUAGCUGCCGUGGCAAAGUUUUAUUGUGAUAUGACAUUAGAUAAAGAUGUAAGAGAUUCAUUUGCAGGUGAUGAUAUUACAUUAAUUAGAGAAAAUUUCCAAAAUUUAAUGAAUUAUUGUGCUAAUGAUGUUGCAACAACUUAUAAAAUCUAUACUCAAGUACUUCCAGAAUUUUUAAAAGUUUGUCCACAUCCUGUUUCAUUUGCUGCUUUAAGAUUUAUGGGUGCAGGUAUUUUAACAACAAAUAAAGAUUGGGAAAAAUAUCUUAAAGCUGCAGAGACAUUAUAUCAAGAGGCAAAAGCUAAAGUUCAUCAACAUCUUGUUUCUUUAGUUAAUAAAGCAUUGAAAUUAAAAGAUAAACCUAAAGUUAUAGAAAAAGAUCCUUGGUUAAGUCAAUUAGAUUGGACUAUUUAUGAACAAAAAUUUAGAAAAGAUGGACAACCUUACAAAAACCAAAAAUUAGCAGGUUAUCCAGAAUGGUAUCGUGAUAUGUAUAUUCCAAGCACAGGUAAAUUGAACUUAUCUACAAGAUCACGUAUUACUCCAAUCUUAUUCAAAUUAACAUGGGAAGGUUUCCCCGUGGUAUGGAGUGAUGUUUAUGGCUGGUGUUUUAGAGCUGAUGUGGAUAAAUAUGAUGAAAUGAUUGCUAAAACUUAUUUAUUUAUUAAAAAUUUCACAGUCAAGAAACGUACAGAGGAAGAAGAGGAAGAAAUGAAAUUUAAUAAUAAUGUUAAUGAUAUUGAUAUCUUUGGUUCAUUAAAUAUUAAUGAAAAACGAGAAUCUCCUAAAAAGGAUAAACCAGCACCAACUGAUCAAUAUGCAUAUUUCAAAAUCCCAAAUAAUGCAGGUCCAGAAGCAAGAACUGCUUUAUUAUUAGCCAAAUCAUUUGCUUCAUCAUUUGAAAAGGGAAUUUUAAGUUCAGAAUCAGCAUUUGCCAAAGAAGCAUUAGAUAUCAAUGCAAGUUGUAGCUAUUGGAUAAGUUCAAGAGAAAGAAUCAUGAAUCAAUUUGUUUAUCAUAAAACAAAAGGAUAUAGUAUAAUUUUACCACAAUUAUUAACAAUGGGUACAAUUACAAGAAGAGCUGUGGAGAAAACUUGGUUAACUGCAUCAAAUGCCAAAAAAACACGUAUUGGUUCAGAAUUAAAAUCUAAAAUUAAAGCACCUAAGGGUUAUUGUAUUGUUGGUGCAGAUGUUGAUUCUGAAGAACUUUGGAUCGCUUCAUUGGUCGGUGAUUCAAUGUUUAAAUUACAUGGUGGUACUGCAAUUGGUUGGAUGACUUUAGAAGGUACUAAGAAUGAAGGAACUGAUUUACAUUCUAAAACUGCAAGUAUUCUAGGGAUUUCUCGUAAUGAAGCUAAAAUUUUCAAUUAUGGUAGAAUUUAUGGUGCAGGUUUAAAAUUUGCCACUAGAUUAUUAAAACAAUUUAAUCCAAAAUUAACUGAUAAAGAAUGUGAAGUAAGAGCUAAGAAUUUAUAUAAUUCUACAAAAGGGCAAUCAUUGAAAAUUUAUAAAAAUGAUGAUAAAGGUACCAGAAUAUGGGUUGGUGGGACAGAAUCCAUAUUAUUCAAUCAAUUAGAAAGUAUUGCAGAACAAGAUAAUCCUAAAACUCCAGUGUUAGGUGCGGGUAUUACUAAAGCUUUAAUGAAGAAAAACUUGAAAAAAAAUAGUUUCUUACCAUCAAGAGUUAAUUGGGCUAUUCAAUCUUCAGGUGUUGAUUAUUUACAUUUAUUAUGUGUUUCAAUGAAUUAUUUAAUCAACAAAUAUAAAAUUAAUGCAAGAUUAAGUCUUAGUGUUCAUGAUGAAAUUAGAUACUUGGUAAAAGAAAAGGAUAAAUAUAGAGCUGCUAUGGCAUUACAAAUUAGUAAUCUUUGGACAAGAGGUAUAUUUUGUGAAAGAUUAGGUAUUAGUGAUGUUCCACAAUCUUGUGCAUUUUUUUCAGCUGUUGAUAUUGAUCAUGUUUUAAGAAAAGAAGUUGAUAUGGAUUGUAUUACACCUUCAAACAAAAUACCAAUUCCACCUGGUGAAUCUUUAGAUAUUAAUCAAUUAUUAGAUAAACCUGAAUCUGAAUUAGGAGAAGCUAAAGAUUUAAAACUUGAAAAAAUUGAACUUGUCAAGAAUGUGGAUAUGUUGAAGCAUAAGAAGAAAAUGAAAACUUGGAAUGAUAUUGAUGAUUUUUCAUUAGAAAAUCCAGUUUGGAAAGAAACUUAUCUAAGAUUACAAAUUGCACAAUCUGAAGAAGAAUUUAAAAAAAUUUGGAGUGGUUAUAGAAGAUACCUUAGAGAAGUCAAACAAGGAUCAAGAAAUGAAUAUGACUUUAUGGAACCAUCAUUUAAAGCACCAAUAAACCCUAAACCAAAGCAAAAGAAGAUUUCAAAACAAAAGAUUUCAGCAAAUGCAAUUGAUGCAUUUUUCCAAAAUUCCAAUGAAGCAGAAAAAAAGAAGAAACCAACCAAUGAUAGAUAUACAUCACCUAAUGCAUCUGUAUCAAAACCAUCAAAGACUUAUGACUAUGAUUAUGAUUAUUUUGAUUUUGGAUCACCUCCUACAGAUAUCAAAACUAAGCCAAAUAACAUCAGACCAAAACCUAAACCAUCUAUUGAUCCUUACUAUUACAACUACGACUUCCCAGACUAUGGACAAUAUAAUUAA